GAAACAAAACAAGAGCUUCACGUGCGGGUGGCUCUUCGAGAUUUCCGUUAGUGUCCCGUCGUACGAGUGGCCCUUGUGCGCUGCUGGCUAUAUUUCCCGUCAAAGUCCGGCUCCCCUGGACGCUACAAUGUAAGGUGCGAUCUGCAAAGAAAGUCGCGAACACAUUUCAGUUCGCACAGCAGCCGAUCUCGGUUCGCAGCGAAAGUAGAACCAAUGGCCAAAAGGAAGCUGGAGCAGCAGCUGGUCACCUUUCACCCCCCGUGUAAGAAGUCGGCGUAUGAGUCUAAUCUGUGUGCCCCGCAGAGCACUCACAUUGCCCCCAGGAGAAAGCGGAAGCUAGAUUCCGACCCAGAUGGGGUAUCGGAAGUCACCACCCCUUCAGUGCCGUGUGAGACGCCGGCCCGGGAGCGAAGCCCGGAAGGAUCCGUACCUGUUUCCAGCAAGAAGAAGAGACUUGAAGAGAGCCGGUCCGUCAAAGCAGCGGUGUACAAAUACCAGGAUGAUGAGAAGUUCUCUGAAUUCAAUACAUUCCAAUUUUGGAAGACGCCAUUACCGCAAGUGGAUUUAUCUGAAAUAGCAGCUGGGACUUGUGAAGACAGUAAUAACAUUACACAAAUCGCCACCAGAGAUGUAACAGAGGAGAUGGACAGCUGAUAUAUACGAUUUCAUAUAAACUGCAACAGUAUCGCUGUGUACUGUCUCAUGGUUUGAGGGUUCUUUAUUUAUUUAGGGCUGGAAUUACAGGCUUCUUAGGAAAAGGAUUUGGAAAUAUCACGUCGGCUUUAAAGGCUCAACUAGUGUACAUGCGAUUGGUUGACAAUAUUCUUUGAUUUCAAUGGCUGUGCUGCAGAACAUCUGCAGGACAUGUACUUCAGUAUGGUUCCUAUUAACAUUUCUUUUGUUUUAGUAGAGGUGGCCAUGGGGGGACCAAUUUGCAUACAGUCAAUAUCUUCAAUAAGUAUUAAAACGUUUAUAAAACAACAAUCGUGACGAAUAGACUGUACUUGUUAUCAGGAGGAAAGACCCGAGCCUUAAUUUAGCUAGAGCUACAAAAACAAGGCUUUGGGCAUGCGAAAAAGAAACAGGAAGAAAUGUCAGAAGAAACAAGUGUAUUUUGCGAUCAUCAGAAUGAACUUAUUCUGUACAAGACAGUUUGACAUUAAGUGACCUGUUGUAAUAAAUGUAUAUUAAUGUGCAUAGCACAGAUUGGUGAACUGUUACCACCGUUGUGGUAGGCCAUAAAGUUGUUAUAUUUUCACCUUUUUAUAUAAAAAAAAAAGUUACCAUAAUUUACUUUUGUUUCAGAUUUGUAUUGGUGUUGAUGAGAAAAAAAAAAGAUUGCAUUAUAUUUAAAAGUCUCUGUAAUAUUAUGGUCCAGGGAUCCGAUUCACUGUUGUAAGGUUGUAAAUUAUAAAAGAGAAAUCAAAAGAGGGUGGCUGCAGAAUAAGAAACAAUGCUUUUUCCCCUCCAUUACAUUUUUUUUCUUAGCUAUCAUAAUCUGUACAACCCGUUUAAAGGACGUGAAAAGUUCCAGUCGCUUAACUUUACACAUACCCUUUUUUUUUUUUUUUUACUUAGCCCAGGCUGUAAGAACAAAAUGAUUAUGUUUUAGAUUAUAUGUCAUGUGCACAUCUUAAACUUUCAAUUGCCAUUAUGUAUGAUCUAUAAAGUUGUCUUCUUUGCAAACAUGCAAAUAAAGUCUGCAAAGUUACACUACAAUAA